CGCCGCGCGGAGCCAAUGGGCGCUCGAGGCGGCGCGGCGGCGGCCAAUCAGCGGCGGCGGCGGGGCUGCCCGGGAAAAUGGCGGCGGUGCCGGCGGCGGCAGUGGCGGGAGGGACGCGGCGGCGCCGCCGCAGCGAGCGCCAUGCCCGGUAGCCGGCGCAGGGGGCUCUGCCUCAGGCCCGCCGCCGCCCUGAGGAGGCGCAGCGGCGGCGGUGAGGAGCAGCUCAGCCGGCGGCGGGCGGAGGAGGAGGAGGAAGAGGCGGCGGAGGGCGGCGCGGGCCGAGGCCUUCCCGCGGCGGAGGCGGCGUGCGCGCCCCGCGCUGCAGAGUCAUGUUUACAUAAAACUCCAAAGAGGUCCUUGAGUAGGAAAUCCCGAAUACCUACUUUCAGCUCUCCUGUUAAUGACACUGAUACACAGCAAGAAAUAUUUUGGGAUUCUCAUUCACCAAUUGCACCCAGACUAGGCAGUGGAAAAAGCAAACAGUCCACCAGUGGGUGCGCAGUAGAAAUUUCGGAAAUUGUUAAUCGUAUUGCUCCUCAGGAUGAAAAAUCAGCCUGUAAUGAAGGCUCCAUUUUAGGAACAUGGAUUGGUGAGGAUGCUAUUCCCUACACACCUGGAGUAGUAAAAGUGCGAUCUAGGACAAAGUUAAGUUGUACAAGGGAUCUUAAGAUAACAAUUCCCGAAGAGGAACUCAUGAAAUUGGCUAAGGAAUUUGAUAGAAACCUAGUAGAGCUAGAUGCUGUUCAGGAACAGGAGAAGCUUGGUCAUAACUUCAUCCAGAGCACCUCAGAGCCUUUGAAUAAUUCUAAAGAUGAAGUAAACAUGAAGAACGAGAUACCACUCCUUGGUGAAGGUUCUGAAACAGAUACUGCUCUGUCCCUGAAACCAGUUGGACAGAGCACUGGCAUUCCUGCUGCAGGGCCCUGUCAGUCCAGCAGUCAAAAGUCUGUAGACCUUGAGUCUGAAAUAGCCCUUCAUGCUCUUUUUGACUGUUCUACCCAGAAGUGUAGUGGGCAGCUGAGCCAAGGACUGUCAGAUAUUUCUUUAAAUAACAGUUUUCAUAAAAACAAAAGUACCUUGGAGGAGGAGCAGCUUCCUGAGGAAACUGAAGAUAUGCAAUGUGGUAAUUCAGAGGCACAAGAAAAAGAUGCAGUGGGGAGUGUGAACCAGACGGUACCAAAACCUGAUAUGACAAAAAAAAAUCCUCCUUUGAAGACACAACUGGUGGCCUCCACUAAGCUGGCUGGAGUAGUUAAUGAUGACUUUGAUGACUGGGAUACAGAUUUUUUGGCCGAUGACUCUUUUAUGAUGCAAAUAACCCAAAAUCCUGAAUUGAUAAGUACUGAAGAACCACCACCAAUUCCUGCAAAUCCACCUGGCUAUGGUUUCAGUGAUGCUAGCAGAACAAAGCAAAGAAGUAGUGGCAAUUUGGUAACUUGUUUGGGGAGUGUAAACAAAUCUAACAGUUUGCAGUAUUCACCUUUGAAACAUUCUACUAAAAACAUACAAAAUGUUGUAAAAUCUCUGUCUUUACAAAAGCCAUGUAAGACAGAAAACUCAGAGACCACAGCCUUGCAUGGCAAAUGUGAUGUUAAGCCAGAUAAAAUAAAUUCCAUUUGGAAAAGUGCUCAAAACAGUGAUUUGAACUGUAUUUCUGUUCCAGUGCAAUCUGAAGUGAAGAAUGGAAAUGAAACUACUCAGCUUAAAAGUGACCCUCUUUUUCCUUCAAGAUCUAAUCCUCAUAGACAAUGGACAGAAAAACCUGGAAAUACCACCCAUGCUAUUUCCUGUCAAUCAUCCAGUGUUUCCACCAAUAUGAAACCUAAUGAUCUAACUAAAGUGUUUGAAAUACCAAAGAAAUGUCCUGUGCCAUUUCACGAAUGGAAUGAACCAAAAUUCUCUGAUGAGGUAUUAGAUAUGUUUUGUGGAUCCGAUAGUCUUUGGGAUGCUAACUUUGAGGAUGAUGAAUUGUUGUAUCAGGUGUGUGAUGAUAUAGAAAAGCAGACUCAGAGCCAAGAUGCUAAACAAGGAAAUGAAAGAACUAAAACUAUGCAAGGAGCAAGUAGUAAUUCCAGAUCAAAUGUUGAUAAGAGCUUCCUAGCCUCUAAACAAGGACAUUGUCUCUUGGCACAAAAAACAAAUGCAAAACAGGAGGCUCUCUCUCUGAAUGAUUCCUGUAGGAAUUCAUCAAAGGUUAUACAUGGGCUGGCCACAACAGGUCAUGCAGUGAACUGUAAGAGCAUCUCAAGUCCUCGAACUGUGAUCUCAGAUCUUUCUACAGAGGGCAAAUACACACUGACAAAAAACUGUCAUCAGGAUGCUUCUGAAGAUACUACAAAGACUGUUUUGGGGAAAUGGUACAGGUCAAAUUCUGUGCCAGCAGGAGACGCUGCUUCUGAAUGUCUGUGGUGGAACAGAAAAGUAGAAAAUGCUCUCAAGAAGAGAUUGAAAGAAAAAAACAAGAAGCUCUUGCACGAAGAAAAUCCAGAACACAGGCAUUCUUUAAAGAUGCUUGAAUUUGGAGUUUAUUUUUUCUGUGGAGUAAGUUUGUGGGAGGGAAAUACUGUAAUGCUGGAAGACACUUUUAAAACUCCAUUCACAUCUAUUGAUGGCAAGUUUUUUUCUGUUUCUCAAUGUAAAAAAAUCUGGACCUGAACCAUAACUAAUACUCUGGUGGUAUUUAGUCUUAAUUAAAAACUAUAAGUUGUGAAUGUGUAGUCCCAAACUACCUUCAGCAAGAUGAAGAUUAUGUUGAGUUCAUGUACUGUUACAUGUUGAAAUUGCAUAGUCUGAAAAUCAUGAGAGCAUUGGUAUACACACAUAAUGAAGGUGUCAAAAACAGACUAUAUUUUGGCUGUGUUAUUGCAAGUAUUCUAAUCUUUAAGAAGACCCUCAAGUACACACAGACUAGGAAAUAAAAAGUGAAGUUUGCUCUCAGGUAGAAGACAAUUUUUAAGUUUUGGUUGAAAUAAAGUACAGUCUAGGAAACAUCCAACAAUUGGAAAACUAAUGGAAAUGAACAGGCUUUGGAAAGCUCAGUUUAUCUCUGUUACCUGAGGUAAGAAAUGUACACAGAGAAGGAAAAAUUUAAUAUAAAAGUUUCAUAAGGUGAAAAAGCAUCCUGCAAAGGACAUGUUGUAUUUUUUUAAGUUCCUUUCAUGAAGAGUUGGAAAUACCCUGGCAAAAUUGGAACACCCUUUUCUAAACACACAUCACCAAGCUAAUUAAAAAGGGUAGCCUGUGUCAUUUUACCAAACCAUGAGCAAUAUGUAAUAAAUCAGGUGAGAUCUCAACAACUAUGCAUCGGUUUAGCCUUAUGGGUUGUACAUAUUUUCAGACUAAAGGCUGUUGAAACAUAAAAAUGCAAUGUCAUGUCAGCUUAACAGGGGCUGAUAGAAUUUUUGAUGUGAUAGAUGGGUGUAGAGAUCAAACUGCAAAAACUGCCUCUGGGUAAGCUGCAAGAUAUUUUUCAACUGAGAAAUGCUUAUAUGUAAACAUGUGACACUAUGAAAAGUGACUGUAAUUUUUCUUUGUAAAUAAAUAACUAUAAAAUGUACCAAAGGUUGGAGGAAGCUUUUGGUUUCUGUAGUAUGUGCCAUUUUUGUAACUCUUGAAAAUGUAAGUAUUGUAUAUUUGUAAGUCAUCAUUAAACUUUUUUUUUUA